AUGGCGGCGCCCAGAUGCGGCGCGCUGCGCGUCUGGGUUUGGGGUUCCGGGCAGGGUGUGGGGGGUCUGCUCUGUCUCGUCUCAAAGCCAUUUUGCACCGCUGCUGCUGCCUCUAAGCCCCUGGAUGCCCAGCGGUUAGCCGAGAGGCUCCGAGCCCAGAAACAGGAACAAAAAGCGAAGAAGGUGCGGGUGCUCACAAAUCCUGUCCAGCGGAGAGUACAAGAACUAGUGCGGUUCACACAGCAGCUGCAGCGAGUCCACCCCAACGUGCUCGCUAAGGCACUGAGCCGAGGGAUUGUCCACCAGGACAAGGACCUCGUGGUCAUCAAUAAGCCCUAUGGUCUACCUGUGCAUGGUGGCCCUGGGGUCCAGCUCUGCAUCAGUGAUGUACUGCCUAUCCUGGCAAAGAUGCUUCAUGGCCACAAGGCAGAGCCCCUGCAUCUGUGCCACCGGCUAGACAAGGAAACUACAGGUGUAAUGGUGUUGGCUCGGGAGAAGGAAGUGGCACACCAAGUCCAAGAGUUGUUUAGAACCCGUCAGGUGGCAAAGAAGUACUGGGCCAUCACUGUGCACGUCCCAGUGCCCUCAGCAGGGGUCGUGGACAUCCCCAUCAUCGAGAAGGAGGUGCCUGGGCAGCAGCAGCAUCACAAGAUGACGCUGUCCCCAAGCUACCGCAUGGACAAUGGGGAAAUGGUGAGAGUGCGGACCAGCCGGAAAGCGCGCGUGGCUGUAACUCAGUACCAGGUGCUAAGCAGCACCGUGUCCUCCGCCCUCCUGGAGCUCCAGCCUGUGACUGGAGUGAAACAUCAGCUUCGAGUUCACCUGUCUUUUGGAUUGGAUUGCCCAAUCCUUGGCGAUCACAAGUACUCAGACUGGAGUAGAUUGGCCCCGCAGAAGCUGUCUGUUGGCACUCUGAGGAAGCUGGGGCUGCCCCAGUCCAAGGCCCGCCACAUCCCUCUGCACCUGCAUGCCCGCCAGCUGAUCCUGCCUGCCCUGGGGUCAAGGAAGGAGGAGCUCAGCUUGGUGUGCAGGCUUCCUCGCUACUUUGCACACUCUCUGAGCCGUCUGGGCUUAAAGCUGCCGAGUCAGGAGCCAAACAGGGAUGACAAAGCUGGGCCUCUGGGAGCACAGUGAAGACUGCUGGGCAGUGUGGCCCUUGAAUUCUUCGCUUUGUUGAAUGGACUCGGCUAACUUCUCCCCUGGGACAGACUCCAGACGAGCCAGGUGUGAGAAGUUGAACCUCAGCUGCUCCAGGGUUUUUACUAGAAACUCAAGUCUGGUUCCUGAUACUUGGGCCACACUCCAGAAAAGCCUGUGGGAAGUCUCCCUGCCUCAGGCUCAUCUUGGCGGUGAGGAGAGCCCAGGAGCAGGCAGAUUGGGUCGGUCCUUGGGGAGGAGAAGGCGGCGUAGGAUCUAUGAGCGGGCCCUGUUUCCAUCCAGCAAUAAAGUUCUUGAU